AUGUUUCCCACUCUGAUGAGGCGCAUGGCAUCGUCUUCAAAGGACAGCCUUCUCAAGAAGGCUCCUUUGACGGUGGCAACCAAUCCUUACAAGGCCCGAAAAGUGUGGCCUCCGAACUUCAAGCAGCUUACUGUCCAGCAACAACUCCGGUUUGAGAAGAAGUACAAACGUCGCAUUAUCCUAGCAAGUCGAGCACCGCGAUGGGUGAAGUUUGUCAAGACUGCUCAGCUCCUGACGAUUGUUGGCAAGAUUUUCCUCACGCAAUCAUUUCUGGACUUAUCUGACUCGAUUUCCAGCUGCACUGAUCUGGAUCUGCUUCUACUCCGAGUUCGAAUGGUGGGGUCAGAAAUUCGUAAGAAGACACAAUAUCUAUUCGGCGCAGUCGAUCCAGAGAAGCGUUACGAACGACGACCAGAUGCGCCGCCUUUUCACCCCCCAAAGGACGAGCCAGAAUCAAAAUAG